AGAUACAACAAUUGGCGGAUAAGAUUAAUGUAAUAUAUAACCGGAAGUAACCGGUGUUCAGCAAAAGGCGGGAACCUUGAUAACUUACAAUUUGGCAGUAUGCUGGCAAAAUACUAUGUAAGAACUUAUAUCAUCAAAUUAUGUAAUACCAGAUAUUUCUUCUUAUGUUCUACAAGUUUGUCUAAACCAGUGAAACCUGAACAUCAGGCAAUUAUUAAACUAAAUAAAGAGAACCGCCGUUUAUAUGGACCUUUGCUGAAAUCUUAUGGAGCUUUCAAUUCUUCAAAGAAGUCUAACAAGAAUAAUAAACCUGUUACAUCUACCAAGAGGAUUAUAAAACCUGCAUUUACUGAUACCAAAGAGUCUUCUUCAAAAUACCCUAAGAAUAAUCUAGCUAAAAACACAUUUUUAAAAGCUCUACAAGAAAAGGAUUUACUUUGUGAAAACAUUUCAGAAAAAACAAAAAAGUCAGAGAAAAAUAUUACAUCUCUUUUGGAAGAUACAGAUCAGCUUCAAAGUUUUUCUGAUUCCUGUACUAAAUUAGUUUUACCUGAUAACUGGAGGGCCAUAAUCUCACAUUUCAUAUCUUCUAAGAUGCUUAUUGUAGACUCAGGAAAAACUGUUUUGGAUAACACAGACUAUAAAGAUAUUUUGGAUACAUUAAUUGAUCAUAAAGUUCCAUCUGUGACCUCUAUACUACAACAAACACUAUCACCGCAGAGCCAGCUAAUUUUACGGAGAUGGCAAGAAAAAAUGAUUAGAGAACUUGGCAAGGAGAAUUUUUUUAAAUAUCAGCAAGAUUUAAAAGACAAUGGAACUAAUUUCCAUAAUUUCAUCCAAAACAUUCUUACAAAGACUAUUACAGAAUCAGAUGUAAGCAAUGAAUUUGCUGCAUAUUGGAAAAGCUUGCAAAGCAUUUUACCCUUGAUAAACAACACUAAGUGUAUUGAGACAUUUGUGACCCACCAGUCUCUUAUAUACAAUGGAGUAAUUGAUUGCAUUGGUUGUUACAAAGAUGCAGUCUAUUUAAUUGAUUGGAAGACUUCACAAAAACCAAAACCACUUCUGAAGAAUACCUUUGAUAGCCCAAUUCAACUGGCUGCUUAUAUGGGUGCUUAUAAUGCUUGCAAUCUUAAAGAUCAGGUAAAGAAAGGUAUAAUCAUUGUAGUAUAUCCAAAUGGCUCUCCUGCUGAUGUGCACAUAAUGAAUGAGAAAUCAUGCCAGCACUAUUGGAAGAAAUGGCAAUCUCGACUAUGUCAGUACUGGAUUUCGCUUGGAGAGACUAAAUAGAUGAUAAAUUUGUCCUAACUAUGAAGAAAGUGUGGUGAGAGUCAGGUUGCCAGUAAGCCUGGUUCAGAAUUUUGUAAAUAAAUUCAAUAUCAUAUUUUGCAA